AACUUACACAACCCCAGUAUUAGUCCUCUGAUACAUACACAUGCGCGUGUUUUUCUGUAUGAGUAAUCGAUAGGAGCAGCGGUGAAAUUAACGCGUUUCUCUCAUUCGUACGAGUUAUAAACUUCAAUUCCCAUCAUGCCAAUCGGCGGAUCACGACGACAAUGAUGCUUGAACAUACAAAGCAGCAGGUAAACAAGUCAGAUCGAGCUGCUGUAGUGAUGCACAGUAACGGUGAUUUCAACGCGCUUCGCUCAUUGCAGGAUGACGGGGGUUUCAUAACCAAGAUGCAAAGUCGCACGGUGCGUGUACGCGCUCACAAAUGGGACAUUUUGGGGCAAAGCUGAGAGCUUCAAAACUGCGCCUGUACACUUCAUAGUGUUUAAUGCGAUGGGACCCAUCCUGCAGGAACGAACUGCGUCUGCGACACUGAAGAAGGUGCCAGUCAAGGAGAAGGUUAGAAUGAAAAAUGCAGAAAACACUGGGAUUGUUGCCAGCAAUAAUAAGAGAGGAGGAAAUGUGAACCAGAAUAAGAAACCCCUUAAAAAAACAGUGCCCUUGCAUCCAGGGCAAGAGAAGGAUCCUCUGCCCAAAGCUGAAAUUGUCCAAAAUGGCAUUAAACCAAAGAAAGCUAAGAGUCCGACUGGCAAGUUGCGUGGCACACAGGGCGAGUCAGACCUGCGACCUCCACGUCCCAAACUCUCUUGUCCCGAGCAUGGACAGGAGAGGCAGAAAAUCCAGCUGGAGCCUCAGUGCGGUAAAGAUAUGGUACAGAGCCACGUGGCCUUGGAGAAGAGCCGUCGUGCUCUAUCGCUGCCCUUGGCUCCUCAGCCAGUGCUGCAGCAGUUCACCUCGCAGAAACAAGUCCCAGACCUAGAAUCACUUCGGCUCAUGGAGCACAAGGAGGAUGACACGGACAGCGCCAGUGACCUGUCCGACUCUGAGAGGCUCCCUGUGCUGCCUUCACCCUGCACUCCUCCUCAGCUCAACCUCCGUGCAGAGGUGAUCAACACAAUGGACCUGCAUCCUCACAUACCUGGACCUAGGACAGUGGAGAUAGAUGAAGUCAGCUACAGCUACCCAGACUUCCUGCCACCUCCGUUCAAUACCUGGAGCCUGAGGCAGCUCGCCAUCUUCCUCAACACAGAGGGAAAGCGGGCUCCCCGGCCGAAACCCGUAGGGCAGCUAGAAAAGUAUUUAGAGCGCCUCCUUCAGUUGGAGUGGCAUCAGAUCCAAACCAUUCAGGCUGAGAGCGGACGGCACAUUGUUCCCAUCAUCCGAACAAGAGGUCAUUCAGCCAGUGUCCUAGCAAACGGCAGCCGGCCUAGACCUCAUACUGCUCCUCCGACACGUCUCAGCUCCCCGAAAAGCUUUCGGCAGGGUCAGCGGGCCUUCUUCUCCUCCAUUACCAGCCCUUCAUCCACCCAACUUUCUCGCCCUGUGUGUCCUCACUGCCACAUCCGCUAUCCGCUCUGCAACGGCACAUGCUCUUCAUACGCCUACCAGCGCCAUUCCCGUCUCAGUCCCCUGCUAGAGCGCAAAGCUCCCCCUGACACCCAAAAGAGAAGCAGCAGCGAAAGCCGGGCCUCCACUUCCGAAAACCGUACUACUUCGAAAAACCAGCACCCGGUCAGUCCUCAGGCAGCAAAGGUUCACCAGAAGCACAUGCAGGCUGCGGGAAACGUGCGCAGGGCGUCCCAAGAACUUAAUGCGAAUGGCAAAUCCCAUUCUUCGGUCAGGAAAGGAAAGACUACGAGGUCAAACGAGGUAGACAAACAGAAAGAUUCACCUGGAGCAAAAUGUGGAGGGGUUGAUAGGCGGGAUCCUGUCGGUAUGAAACGCGAAGGUGGUGGUCCAGGGAAAAAAAUGGUUAAGGAUGGUCCAAGAGCCGAAACGGGUGAAGUACGACUGAGAUCUGGCACUAAAAGAACGGUCACUGAUGGCUGCGAUGCAAAAGUGAUGUCAGCUACCAAGACUACUGGCAAAGUGAAAAAUGCUCUAUACGCCAAGUAGUUAGUGCACCUUUCACGCAAUUUUCAGUUGCCUCAAAAACAUUUCCAGUUGCAUACUGUAAAGAAGAGCUAAUUAAAACAUUAUAUUAUCCCUGCAGUUAACUGUAGUAGUUGGUAAAAAGGAUACAUGUGCGGUCACAUUAGCAAAAUUUCAUUGGAAAAUCGUCUAUUGGCAGUUGCCGUAAAAUUACCGGAUCGACUUUACCGGUAAAUUAAAAAAAUGUGCUGUUCACACAGGCAACGAUGUUUUGUCUUUUUACCAGUAAAGCACCAUUCACACAUCUGUUUCAAAAUACUGGUAAAUUCUGUGACAUCGGCUAUGCUUCCCGAUGUUGUUUGUAAACAUGGAGGGGUAAACACAGUCAGUGUUUUUGUUGAUGUUUUAAUUUUUGUAGAGAUUGCAGUUGCAGUUCUCUUGGCUAAUUCAGAUUUUUUUUUUGUAAGUGUGACCUGCCGAUAUAGAAUUUUGCCAAUUCCGAUAAUUGAGAGCAUAUACAAACCUAAAGCUAUAUUUUUUUCAAUUAUCAGUCGUCGUAAGUGUGACCUCAAUUUGGACCGUCUUGGAAUCGUCAGACUGACCGGCCAGUUAGUGGGCAGCUAAACCCUGGCCGGCCGAUUGGUGCAUCUCGACAUUUUUGUGUCAAACAUUCACAUUUAUGGAGCUGCUUUUGGUCCAGAGGAUUCCUGUUGAAAUGCUUAGAUUUUGCAACCUGAUCUCAUGACGAAAAUGUACCUGUGGGAGCUUUUUCACAAGACACAAAAUACAUACUGCCAUGUAUGUUUUGUGACAUAUUGGAUGCAAAAUGUCCACUGAGUGGAGCUAAAAGAGUGUUUGGUUUUUUUCUCCGGAACAGAAGAACGUACAUAUGGUAGCGCUAUAACUCUAAUGUUCUGUGAUGUUUUAAAAUAACAUACCAUCUGCAUUACAGCUAAACCUACUCAAUAGUAUGAACAAAAGCGAAUGUGAUGUAAAAACAUCGCAAGCAUGCCAUUUUAGCUUGUUUUUCGAUCUCUCAUCUUUCAGCUGUUUCAUCAUGAGUCAUGUUUUCAUGGAAUUCGUAGUCAAGGAUUCCGCAUCUUAAGUUCAAUUCCGUGCUGGCUGAGCUAUCAAACAAGCUUGUUACGUCCGGAAAGCGAAACAUGUGGAGCUGUAAUCAUAACUGUGUACAAAAGCGAUUACAAGUGCUUGCUGUUUUACCACCUCUGGUGUUCAUUUCUGUUAGAAACUGUACUUGAAUUGAAAAAACUUCUCACAGGUACGUUUUCGUCAUGAGGUCAGGUAGGGAUUUUGCCAGUGAAAAUUUGCCAGAUAAUUGCAAAUGUGACCGCACUUUUAAGAGGUAUCCUUCACUUUAGAAAUCAUGCCUUUUCAUUGUCAUUGUUUCGGUAGAACUUCAAAGUGCAUUUCUUGAAUAAGAUAUAUUUAUUUUAUCUGCCUAAGUACACAAAAGCAGGUUAUAUCUUUACAUACUGUACGCACAAGUCCUCUAUAAAAUGAACUAAAUGUACCUAAAUCUAGUGUGCAUGUACAUAUCUCUUAUUUGAGGGAGGUAUGGCUGAGAAUGUCAGCGUGGGGCUCUUUGUCUAGUAAGCACUAUUGGUCAAAGAAUGUAUAUUUUUGAGAUGAAUAAUGAUUGUUUUGUAACGACUGUGUAUUUUUGUAAAGUGCUAUUUACAAGGACUUCUUUCUUUUACUGUAAACCAUUUAUCUGUUUAUUACAAUAAGUUGACAUGUAUUAAGUUAAAUAUGAAUGUUUUAUCUUUGAAUGUUUUGGAACUCAUUACUUAGGUUUUCAGUGAGUUAGAGUUAGUGAGUUGUGAAUUGUUAGGAUUGCUUAUGGUGGUUUUGUGGUGUGUUGACGGAGAUGGACCAGAGCUAUAAUCUGUUAAGAUAAUAUGGUCAAGGCUAUCUGUUUGUUUACUCUUUGAGAACUUUUCAGGUGAUUACAUUGACGUUCAUGUCUCUAAAUAUAGCAUGUUUUGUUUAUUUUUACAGGAACAAUGAUGGUAGUGGUUUAGUAGUUUUAUAUGUACUGUAAUGCGUUGUCAAGGCACUUGAAUAUGACUUGAAAGUUGGUACAGGUUGAGGCCAUACAGUACGUGAUACCACAUUUCCAUACUUGAUGUACUGUAUGUAGCAUCAUUUCGUUUUUGAUGUUAUACAGUGUGAAGUUCACUUAUCAGGCAAAAAACACACAAAAAUCUACUUUUGUCCAAUCAUUGUCAGAUUGUGCUUUAUUUUGCUGGGAGUUUUUGGUAGAGUUGAAUGCAGCUAUUUUUAUGAGAUACAAAAUAAAGUUUUCAUUACAUCAUCA